CGCACAGUCGGCCGACAUGGCGACCAUGAAGAAGCUUCUCGCUGGAGAAACCAGCAUCUGAACUCAAUUUGGUUCCACAGAAGCAGCUUGAACUGUGUCUGGAAGUGGAUAGAAAAUAUUUUGUCAAUUGGGAAAUAUACACGGGAAUUGUCCACAGUUUUAAGACGGGAGACAUUCUUCCGAGGACAGGAAGAUCUCUGUUGGCCAAAACGACCAGCAUCUACGACCAACCUACCGAAGCGCAGCUCAGAGCUGGAUGGUAGCAGGACAGAGCACCAUGGUGGAGCCCAAGCCCAGAGCAUCAGCAGCCCAGCGUCUUGAAGCCCAGGAGACUCUGGGUAUCAGCACCCUGGACCCUGGCCACAGGCCGCCCACCAUGCCCCCCGGACGUCAUGUCACCAUCAAGGUCCGCAUGUUGGACGACACAGAGGAGGUCUUUGACAUCUCACAAAGAGCCUCAGGCAAGGUGUUGUUUGACCUGGUGUGUACCCACCUGAACCUCGUUGAGGGAGACUACUUCGGCCUAGAAUACCAAGACCACAAGAUGAUGGUUUGGUUAGACCUCCUAAAGCCUAUUGUCAAGCAACUGAGACGGCCCAAGCACGUAGUCCUGAGAUUUGUGGUGAAGUUCUUCCCCCCAGACCACGCCCAGCUACUGGAGGAAUUGACCAGGUACCUCUUCGCCCUGCAGAUCAAGCAUGACCUUGCCUGUGGACGUCUGACCUGCAACGACAGUAGCGCGGCCCUGCUGGUCUCCCAUAUUAUCCAGUCUGAGAUCGGGGACUUUGAGGAGAGUCAGAGUCGGCAGCACCUCCUCAACAACAGCUACAUUCCUGACCAGAUGGCUCUGAUGGACAAGAUCAUGGAGUUUCACUCCGAAAAUGGGGGUCAGACGCCAGCAGAGUCGGACUACCAGCUGCUGGAGGUGGUACGCAGACUGGAGCUGUACGGGGUUAGACUACACCCUGCCAAGGACCGCGAGGGCAGCAAGCUGAGCCUGGCCGUGGCGCACACUGGUGUCCUGGUCUUUCAGGGACACACCAAGAUCAAUGCCUUCAACUGGUCCAACGUGCGCAAAUUAAGCUUCAAGAGGAAGCGUUUUCUCAUCAAGCUCAGACCAGACCUGAACCAGAGCUCAUACCAGGACACUCUGGAGUUCCUGAUGGGGAGCCGGGACUGCUGUAAAGUCUUCUGGAAGAUCUGUGUGGAAUACCAUGCCUUCUUCAGCCUCUUUGAGGAGCCCAAAGCAAGGCCCAAGCCUGUCCUCUUCACCCGAGGCUCCUCCUUCAGAUUCAGCGGUCGGACACAGAAGCAGGUGAUUGAUUAUGUGAAGGACUCUGAGUUUAAGAAGAUCCCGUUUGAAAGGAAACACAGUAGGGUCCAGCACAGCAGAAUCCGUCCAUCUCCGCUGUCUUCCCCUCACGCCCCUCAAGUGCCAAAAGAAAGUGUGAGCGCUGCUCCAGGAGACAGAGCGGAGGUGGACUCUCCGCCCCACCGUCACUGGGAGGAGUCUGUGAACGCUGAGGACCCUUCAGCCCUGCGGAUCAGAGGCAGCCCUUCCAUCCAGAGGAACGUGGGACACGGCGAGGACAUGCCAGGUCCUGGGGCAGAACCAGGCCCAGCCAGGCAGCCACACCCAGACCAUCUGAACACAGGGGUGGUGUCCAACAGCCCUCAUCUCUCCGCCUCCUCCGUUAACUCCCAGGGCAUUGUCAACGGUCAGAAGCCGGUCGAACUCUGUGGUCACAGUCCGGACGUUCGGCAGCCCUCCCCCUUCACCAGUCCCUUGCUCAACGACUCCGGCAGUGUGCGCGCCGACGAUGAAGACGAGGUUGGGAGGAAGAGGUUCCCUACCGACAAGGCCUACUUUAUCGCCAAGGAGCUGCUGACCACAGAGAGGACCUAUCUGAAGGACCUGGAGGUGGUGACUGUGUCUUUUCAGGACUCGGUGGGUAAAGACGAAGCAGUGCCGGACUCCCUGAAGAGCACCAUCUUCACCAACUUUGCACCUCUGUACAGGUUUCAGUCCGUCUUCCUCAGAGAGGUGGAGCAGAGACUGGCUCUAUGGGAAGGGUGCUCCAAUGCCCACAUCAAAGGAGACUACCAGCGCAUCGGGGAUGUCAUGCUGAAGCACCUACAGGGACUGAAGCCACUGACAGCCCACCUUCAGAAGCACUCGGAGGCCCUAGUGGAGCUGGAGAAGGCAUGCCGGGGUUCCCCGCGGCUGGAGGGGCUGGUCCGGGACUUUGAGCUGCAGAAGGUGUGCUACAUCCCCCUCAACGUGUUCAUCCUCCGGCCCCUGCACCGCCUCAUGCAUUACAAGCAGAUCCUGGAGCGCCUCUGCAAACACUACCCGCCCGCACAUGUGGACUUCAGGGACUGCAGAGCUGCACUGGCAGACGUGUCAGAGGUGGUGUCCCAGCUCCAUGGAAGCAUGAUGAAGAUGGAGAACUUUCAGAAGCUGCUGGAGCUUAUGAAGGAUUUGAUUGGCAUCGACAAUCUAGUCACUCCAGGGCGGGAGUUCCUAAGGUUAGGCUGCCUCAGUAAGCUGUCUGGAAAAGGCCUCCAGCAACGAAUGUUUUUCCUGUUCAAUGAUGUCCUGUUGUAUACGAGUCGAGGGAUGACGGCAACGAACCAGUUCAAAGUGCACGGGCAGCUCCCUCUCUAUGGCAUGACAAUCCGGGAGAGCGAGGAUGAGUGGGGUGUGCCUCACGCCUUCACCCUGGUUGGGCAGCGCCAGUCAGUAGUGGUAGCAGCAAGUUCACUGUCAGAGAUGGAGAAGUGGAUGGAGGACAUUAAUAUGGCCAUUAUCCUGGCGGAGAGCAUCAACGGUCCUACGUCUGACUGGCUGGCCAGCAGUCUGACAGAUAACAAAUCCCUAACAGAGGACUCCUGUGCAGAGGCGGAGUCUGAGGACGACCUGAUGGCGUCGCGCACCUCCCUGGAGAGGCAGGCCCCUCACCGUGGUAACACCACGGUGCACGUGUGCUGGCACAGGAACACCAGCGUGUCCAUGGUGGACUUUAGCGUAGCCGUGGAGAAUCAGCUGUCAGGAAACCUUCUGAGGAAGUUCAAGAACAGCAACGGCUGGCAGAAACUCUGGGUGGUCUUCACCAACUUCAGCCUGUUCUUCUACAAAACCCACGAGGAUGACUAUCCACUGGCCAGUCUCCCCCUGUUGGGCUACUCUGUCACCAUCCCCACUGAUUCUGAAAACAUCCACAAAGACUACGUCUUCAAACUGCAUUUCAAAUCCCACGUCUACUACUUCAGAUCUGAGAGCGAGUACAACUUUGACAGGUGGAUGGAGGUAAUUCGCAGCGCCACAGUCUCUGCCAGCCAUAACCGCAUUCUGAGCCGGAAAGAGUCCCAUCCGUACUGACCCAAAGAGCAGGAGGGUUCUCUCCCUGUCUCCCCGUGCCUCUUCUCCUCACCACAACCUCUCCCAUAGGGUCUGGCCACAUACAGCCUCUCUUCACACUACGACUCCCUCUAGCAGCAAGCUGGAACCACACAUUCACUUGUCUGGAAUCUGUUGAUUUCCUUUUCUCCAUGGAUCUGGGACGUGUGUACAUUGAGCAGUGUCCAAUGCACAAUCUUGGUGCUUAUUGAUGUGGUGACAUGUCCGCUGGUUUAGACUGCAAACAGAGACAGACAUUUUCAGCAUUUUUUUUAUACUCUGCUCUGAAUCUCUCUUUUUUUUGUAGGACGUCAUUUUGUACUGUUAACGGAGCACAUACUAUACUUCUGUUUUCUAACGGAGCACAUACUAUACUUCUGUUUUCUAACGGAGCACAUACUAUACUUCUGUUUUCAACGGAGCACAUACUAUACUUCUGUUUUCAACGGAGCACAUACUAUACUUCUGUUUUCAACGGAGCACAUACUAUACUUCUGUUUUCAACGGAGCACAUACUAUACUUCUGUUUUCAACGGAGCACAUACUAUACUUCUGUUUUCUAACGGAGCACAUACUAUACUUCUGUUUUCAACGGAGCACAUACUAUACUUCUGUUUUCAACGGAGCACAUACUAUACUUCUGUUUUCAACAGAGCACAUACUAUACUUCUGUUUUCUAACAGAGCACAUACUAUACUUCUGUUUUCUAACGGAUCACAUACUAUACUUCUGUUUUCAACGGAGCACAUACUAUACUUCUGUUUUCAACAGAGCACAUACUAUACUUCUGUUUUCUAACAGAGCACAUACUAUACUUCUGUUUUCUAACGGAGCACAUACUAUACUUCUGUUUUCUAACGGAGCACUUACUAUACUUCUGUUUUCAACGGAGCACAUACUAUACUUCUGUUUUCUAACGGAGCACAUUCUAUACUUCUGUUUUCAACGGAGCACAUACUAUACUUCUGUUUUCAACGGAGCACAUACUAUACUUCUGUUUUCUAAUGGAGCACAUACUAUACUUCUGUUUUCUAACGGAGCACAUUCUAUACUUCUGUUUUCAACGGAGCACAUACUAUACUUCUGUUUUCACAUUCUGUCAUUGGAUCGUUUUAUGGUGGAAACUGAUUCUGCGGUUGUUGUUGUUUUAAAAAAAAAACUGUUUUUCAUUUAGGAUAUCACUGCAUCCUCAAGGUCUUUUGUCUCCUUGUUCAUUUAAUGGGGGGAAAAACAAAACAAAAAAAGCUGCUUUGAAAUCCAACAGCUUGAGUGUCUAAACAGGUCUACCGUUGUCCUAGAUUUUACACUGCAAAUGUCUAAACAGGUCUACCGUUGUCCUAGAUUUUACACUGCAAAUGUCUAAACAGGUCUACCGUUGUCCUAGAUUUUACACUGCAAAUGUCUAAACAGGUCUACCGUUGUCCUAGAUUUUACACUGCAAAUGUCUAAACAGGUCUACCGUUGUCCUAGAUUUUACACUGCAAAUGUCUAAACAGGUCUACCGUUGUCCUAGAUUUUACACUGCAAAUGUCAAAACAGGUCUACUAUUGUCCUAGAUUUUACACUGCAAAUGUCAAAACAGGUCUACCGUUGUCCUAGAUUUUACAACGCAAAUGUCAAAACAGGUCUACCGUUGUCCUAGAUUUUACACUGCAAAUGUCUAAACAGGUCUACCAUUGUCCUAGAUUUUACACUGCAAAUGUCAAAAUAGGUCUACCGUUGUCCUAGAUUUUACACUGCAAAUGUUAAAACAGGUCUACCGUUAUCCUAGAUUUUACACUGCAAAUGUCAAAACAGGUCUACCGUUGUCCUAGAUUUUACACUGCAAAUGUCAAAACAGGUCUACCGUUGUCCUAGAUUUUACACUGCAAAUGUUAAAACAGGUCUACCGUUGUCCUAGAUUUUACACUGCAAAUGUUAAAACAGGUCUACCGUUGUCCUAGAUUUUACACUGCAAAUGUUAAAACAGGUCUACCGUUGUCCUAGAUUUUACACUGCAAAUGUUAAAACAGGUCUACCGUUGUCCUAGAUUUUACACUGCAAAUGUCUAAACAGGUCUACCGUUGUCCUAGAUUUUACACUGCAAAUGUUAAAACAGGUCUACCGUUGUCCUAGAUUUUACACUGCAAAUGUCUAAACAGGUCUACCGUUGUCCUAGAUUUUACACUGCAAAUGUCUAAACAGGUCUACCGUUGUCCUAGAUUUUACACUGCAAAUGUCUAAACAGGUCUACCGUUGUCCUAGAUUUUACACUGCAAAUGUUAAAACAGGUCUACCGUUGUCCUAGAUUUUACACUGCAAAUGUUAAAACAGGUCUACCGUUGUCCUAGAUUUUACACUGCAAAUGUCUAAACAGGUCUACCGUUGUCCUAGAUUUUACACUGCAAAUGUUAAAACAGGUCUACCGUUGUCCUAGAUUUUACACUGCAAAUGUUAAAACAGGUCUACCGUUGUCCUAGAUUUUACACUGCAAAUGUCUAAACAGGUCUACCAUUGUCCUAGAUUUUACACUGCAAAUGUUAAAACAGGUCUACCGUUGUCCUAGAUUUUACACUGCAAAUGUUAAAACAGGUCUACCGUUGUCCUAGAUUUUACACUGCAAAUGUCUAAACAGGUCUACCGUUGUCCUAGAUUUUACACUGCCAAUGUUAAAACAGGUCUACCGUUGUCCUAGAUUUUACACUGCAAAUGUUAAAACAGGUCUACCGUUGUCCUAGAUUUUACACUGCAAAUGUCUAAACAGGUCUACCGUUGUCCUAGAUUUUACACUGCAAAUGUUAAAACAGGUCUACCGUUGUCCUAGAUUUUACACUGCAAAUGUUAAAACAGGUCUACCGUUGUCCUAGAUUUUACACUGCAAAUGUUAAAACAGGUCUACCGUUGUCCUAGAUUUUACACUGCAAAUGUUAAAACAGGUCUACCGUUGUCCUAGAUUUUACACUGCAAAUGUCUAAACAGGUCUACCGUUGUCCUAGAUUUUACACUGCAAAUGUUAAAACAGGUCUACCGUUGUCCUAGAUUUUACACUGCAAAUGUUAAAACAGGUCUACCGUUGUCCUAGAUUUUACACUGCAAAUGUCUAAACAGGUCUACCGUUGUCCUAGAUUUUACACUGCAAAUGUUAAAACAGGUCUACCGUUGUCCUAGAUUUUACACUGCAAAUGUUAAAACAGGUCUACCGUUGUCCUAGAUUUUACACUGCAAAUGUUAAAACAGGUCUACCGUUGUCCUAGAUUUUACACUGCAAAUGUUAAAACAGGUCUACCGUUGUCCUAGAUUUUACACUGCAAAUGUCUAAACAGGUCUACCGUUGUCCUAGAUUUUACACUGCAAAUGUUAAAACAGGUCUACCGUUGUCCUAGAUUUUACACUGCAAAUGUUAAAACAGGUCUACCGUUGUCCUAGAUUUUACACUGCAAAUGUCUAAACAGGUCUACCGUUGUCCUAGAUUUUACACUGCAAAUGUUAAAACAGGUCUACCGUUGUCCUAGAUUUUACACUGCAAAUGUCUAAACAGGUCUACCGUUGUCCUAGAUUUUACACUGCAAAUGUUAAAACAGGUCUACCGUUGUCCUAGAUUUUACACUGCAAAUGUUAAAACAGGUCUACCGUUGUCCUAGAUUUUACACUGCAAAUGUUAAAACAGGUCUACCGUUGUCCUAGAUUUUACACUGCAAAUGUUAAAACAGGUCUACCGUUGUCCUAGAUUUUACACUGCACUUAUAUUACGUCAGCGGGGAGGAGACUUAAAAUGUGUCGUUAAACAGUCCACUUUAAAAUACUUUUUUAUAUAUAUAAAUAUAUAUAAAUAUAAGAUGUCUCUGGAGAAUGUGAGUAACCUUGUGAAAACAUGGAUGAUCAGUAAAAAUAUCCAAAUAUGUAGUUGUACUAUUGACAGGACUCUAAAACUACUUUAAAAACGAUCAGGUUCGUCACCAUCACCAAUAACGCCAUUAUUCGGCAAGCAUAGUGAAUAUUUCUCUUACAUGAGGAUCUUUUGUCGUGUGGAUAGCGCUGAGGGUUUUCUGAAUAAUAUUAUAUUCCACCCUUAACAGUGUGAGACAUGAUCAUAAUCUGUGUAUUAUGAAGGACACUGUAAUGGAAAGCUUUAAAGAAUAUGCGUGAACCAAAAUAUCAACUUUCAGUUCCAAGCACCAUUGCCCUUGUUGGACUAGGCUGCCCAUAUGUAAGAGACAUUUAGGAAUUUAAAUGAAAUGGAUCUAUGCAUAUGACAGGGUUUAUGAAGUGUAGCAUUCCAGAGGGUAUUGAGGGUGUGCUGCCAGACAACAGAGAGAGCUCUUUGGCAUUGAAAGCAAUAAAAUAAAAAAUACAUUUAUUUGAACAUUGUAUUGUGAGUUUUAUUUGCAUGGUCCACAAUAGUUAACUUUCAAUGUUUUGGACCACUUUCACUUCAAUGCGCUCUACAAUAUUAUUAAAAUGCUGUUUCUUGUAUGACCCAUAGGCGGUAUCGUUGAUCAAUAACAUAAAGCCUGUUCCGUUGUGCUCGUCACAUUGGCUACUGCCCCCGAAGUUAUUGCACUCAUGAUUUCCAUCUGAUGAAAGGAGAAAUCGACAUAGGCAUCCUAAAAACGAAAUGGGUUAUUGCCAUUUCCUCUUAAAAUGUCGAAUUUUGAAAUGUUGUGAACUUAACUGCAUUUUAAUUCUACACGUUUAACGUUUAAAUAUUCAAAUCAUUGAACAAUUAGUUCCCCUAUGGAACAGAAAGACAGUGCAUGGUAUCUUCUUUCCACGUUUUGUUUUUUACCCAUAAAUAUAAUUGUAAAAAUAAUUACAGUAGCAUACAUUCAUAGCGUGCUCAUAGAGAAAGUAAAGUGGGCAGGUCUUUGUACAUGAAUGGAGUGUGGAGGAGUACAGAAUGGUGCCGCCACUGUUUCCAGAACGGAGCACGCAGAUUACGUCAUGGAUUACCGUUCUCCUAGCAGCAGGAUAAUAUGCUGGCACCAGGAUUCAGUAUAUAUAUAUAUUUUAAAAAAAAAUAAGAGUCCCCCUUCCAAAACAGGCUAAACUUGG